AUGUCAGCGUUGAACAACGAGCAAGUGCAGCAAAGGCAAGGUACGGCCGCCCAAGAUGGCGCCAAUUUAGUGAUCAACGCCACCACCGGCUUUGCGGGUCCCUCCACCAGCGAGGCUGGUGGCAUAACUUUCCCACCACUUCCCAACCGAACUUCUCCACCGGCCGGCAGCCCCGCCACUGGAGCGGCGGUGGUUACCACCGCCAUCCAGCAAAACAUAACUCCAUUGCAGCAACAGAUGGCAGAGCAGAGCCAGCUUUUGGCCUCCAUGGCCAAGGUAAUAACAGCUGGUCAAAAUCCGGCAGCCACUGUGCUGUCGCCAGCCCAGGCCGCGGCGGCAUCGGUCGCACCAGACAAGGCUAAAAGGAGCAAGGAGAAAAGGAAGAAGAAGGAAGAAAGCUCCAGCUCGAGUUCAUCAUCAAGCAGCGACGACGAAGCUCCGGAGAGAUUGCGGCGCCUGGUGGACCGAAUCGAGGCACAACAGCCCACUGACCCGUCGGGCUUCCGCAAGCAAAUUUUCCAUGGUUUUGCCACGCAGGGCAAACUGGCUUUAGCAUUGUUGGCAGAGGAUCCGCCGAAUGUCAAGGGCGCCACUAAGGUUCUCAAGCCUUUGAUUCGCCGUGCGGAGGUCGGCAUGGCGGUCACCAACACCUUGGCAGCCGAGCCGCGUAUUGGCCUUGCUGCCGCCGACAUCUGCUUCAGCAUUUUGUGUAAUGAGGACAAGCUCCGGGACAAGACAAAACCCCGGAAAUUGGUAGACGGCGUCAAGGACCAAGCGCUAAAGCGCGCUGCCAGCCGCUCAGGAGGCGCGAAGAUGAUGCCGGCCGUAAUGCGAGAGAUGAAAAGCGGCGGCGUUGAGCGUUGUACACAGGCCUGCACACCUUUGGUUUUCGCCUUUCUGCGAGCUGCACCUUCAUUCGCCUUGGCUGUCUGGUUGUGCGCCCGCGCCCCAUCGCUGUGCGCCUGUGUGCGCGUCAUGACUUUGGUUGUCAAGCUGCCUUUGGUUCGUGGACAAGGUCUUGGUCUUCUUUGGAGAGUUUUGGAGCACGCUUGCGCUUGUCUUUCGUGGCCCGUCCUUCACGUCUAUGAGUUUUUGCAGUCGCUUUCAAGCACCCGCCCAGAUGCACGGCAGGCUCCGACGCUGCGCACCUGCCUGGAAGGCGUGGGUGACCAAUGCCCUUGUCCUUUCCUGGAUCAUCUAGCCGCACGUGCAGGGGCUCUGUUGGCGCCUCUGGGGGAUUGCGUCACCGCAGACCUCCAAGCUCUUGCCGUGCAGCUGGCGCAGGAGGCCCCAGAAUCAUUGGCAGCCAGGACCACCAAGGAUUACGCUACCGUAUGGCGCCAGUUCCGCAGCUGGUGGGAGGCACAUAAUUUCCCGUGGGACAUCUACUCCACGCCGGGGGAACUGGUAGCCCUCUACCUUCUGGCCCUACUCAACACGUCCAGGGCCGACGGCGUCGGACCUGGCCGCGUUCGCCUUGCCAGCGCGGCCAUAAGCACCUAUUUCCGCAUGGCUGGCAAGGCAACUCCCACAGAACACGCAGCCUGCGGUAUCGUCUGUACUCUAGCAGAGAAGCGCCUCCAUGGUCGACCGCUGCAGCGUGACGCCUUAGAACCGGAAGACAUUGCGGCCCUGGCUCGCUUAGUUGAGGGCCCAGAGGUGCGGCUCGACUACCUGAUGAUGGUGGCAGCGGUGGCCAUCAUGUUUGCUGGUUUCUUUCGGUUCGACGACGCUGCCGAAAUUUGCGUGCAUGUGGACUUGCUGUUGAUUUCUGCAUCCCACAUGGAGAUCUUCAUUCCCCGCUCGAAGACAGAUCAGCUCAUGCGGGGCCACUGGGUAGUCAUCGCACGCUCCGGUGGCCCAUGCUGUCCAGUCGGUCUUACCGAGCGAUUGCUGGAGCUAGGUGGCUACCGCAGACAGCCAGUAUCAGUAGAUGAAGAUGUAGGACCGCUCCUCCGACCGGUUCAAUGGACGCAACGUGGCGGGUACCUCUCGGGUCCUCUGACCGGCGGGAACAGCAUGGCAGCGGACCGUGGAGUGCCGGCGGAACUGCGCAAGGCUCACGGCCAUUGGUGCACGGAUGCUAUGGUUCAGCACUACACGCGGCGCGACACUGCAGCCAAACUCGAAGUCUCCCGCCGCCUAGGCCUCGCCGCUGUGUACAUGAUGGUGUCUCGCUAG